UCCAUUUAGUAAUUUAGUAAUUAUCUCUUAUCAUAGCAGCAUUUAACGAAUAUCUACAAAUUAUAACAAAGUAAACUAUAUUGUUUUUCUUUAAAAUGGUUUAGCAAGCUAAGCUACAAAUAAUAAUGAAAACGACUUACUGUUAUUGUGACACCAUGAUGGUAAAGUUAACAUUAAUUUUUGGUGUGAUAUUUCUCAGUUACCUACAAACCGCUACUACGUUUAGAUUAAAACGACACAUAAAGGCCCUAAGACACAGGGCUGAAUUACAGAAAGAAUAUCCGGGAAUCGGAGAAGAUUUCAUCUAUGUUGUCGACGAACAGGGCGUUUUGAAACGUCUUGACCUAAAGGGGGACAAAAAAGCCAAUGAAAUAUAUCAAAAGUUUUUAAGAGAAGAAGAAGAAGAAGAAGAAGAAACGGAACACCAAAAUACUGGCGUGCAAUCAUUUGGCUUGUUUGGAGGAUCUGAUAAUAUUCCAAAAAAGUUUAAUUUUAACAGGAAUGAUAUUUCUUUUACUUUAUUUAACAGAAAAAAUAAAGAUGGAACGAAUCUGACAAAUACUUUUGAUUUCUCUAAAUAUGAUGUUAAAAAACAAACUAAACUAGUUACACAUGGAUUCCAAUCCUCCGGAAGUUCAGAUACAUGUGUUAGGAUUAAAAAUAAUUAUUUAGAAGUUAAGGAUAUUAACGUUAUUAUUUUAGAUUGGGCACCAAUUGCAAAAAAUGUCAUAUAUCCAAUUACUGCUGCGAAUUCAGCUCAAGUAGCUCAAUAUACGGCAGGAUUCUUGGCAUAUUUAAUUAGGCACGUUGGAGUCAGUGACAAAGAUGUUCAUUUAAUUGGACACAGCCUUGGCGGUCACGUUGUAGGAUUCACAGGAAAUCGUUUGAUACUGGCUUAUGGAAUCAAAAUUGCUAGGAUAACAGGUUUAGAUCCAGCUGGUCCUCUAUUCAGACUUAUCCACUUAAGCAAAACAGCUGCGCACUUUGUAGAUAUCAUUCACACAAAUGGCGGUGGGCUAGGUUUAAAUAAAACCUUAGGUCAUGUAGACUUUUAUCCAAAUAAUGGCGACAGCCCACAACCAGGUUGCGACAAUUAUUCAAUUCUGACCAUCGACAGUUGCAGCCACAGUAAGAGCUGGGAAUAUUUCGCGGAAACGAUUAAGGAAAAACAUAAAUAUAUAGGAAGCUGUACAGGCGGUAUCAAACAUCCUAUGGGAGCCAAAACGCCUCCAUAUGCAAGAGGAAUUUGUUCUUUAGAUACUGACACUGGUAGUGGUACAAAUGGUAAUGGCUUAUUUAGUCUCAUAGAGGGUGGUGUUAAGAAAAUAUAUAACUGCUUUCGUAGUAUUUUUGGUUGAUAACACCAACUAUCGAUGUAUUGAUGAUAUUCUUAAGACUAGUUAUUACAUGUAAAAUCACCAAGUUAUCAGAAUUAAUAAACUUAUAUAUUUAA